AUGGCUGUCACCUUGAGAAGUGGUAAGAUAUUGAAUGAAAUUAUGAAAGAAAAUGAACCCAUGAGUGUUGAAAAAGAGAGUGAUAAAGAAGAAGAGGAGCAAGUGCCUAAAGAGAAUUCUAGUGAUCAAAACCUCACUUUCUCUACAGUAAAACCUUAUGUACCCCCCAUUCCAUAUCCACAAAGGUUACAAAAGAGGAACCAGGACAAUAACUUUCAAAGAUUUUUAGAGAUUUUUAAAAAAUUGCGAAUUAAUAUUCCUUUUGCAGAAGCACUUGCUAAUAUGCCGUCUUAUGCCAAGUACAUUAAGGAAAUUGUGUCUAAUAAAAAGAAACUGGAAGAGUUUGCUACUGUGCAUCUAAAUGAAGAGUGUAGUGCUAUUUUGCAAAGCAAAUUACCUCCUAAGUUAAUGGAUCCAGGAAGUUUUUCUAUUCCUUGCACUAUUGGUAAUACUGUCAUUGAUAAAUGCUUAUGUGAUCUAGGUGCCAGUAUUAACCUUAUGCCUUUAACUCUUUUUAAGAAGUUGGAAAUAGCUGAAAUGAAGCCAACAACAAUCUCUCUUCAACUUGCUGAUAGAUCAAUCAAAUACCCGCUUGGAGUAGUGGAGGAUAUCUUGAUAAAAGUUGGUAAAUUUUAUUUUCCUGCUGAUUUUCUGAUUCUUGAUAUGGGUAGUGACACAGAUACAUCUCUUAUACUUGGUAGACCAUUUUUGUUGACAGGAGGAGUAUUAAUUGAUAUGCCUUUAGGGAAAUUGAUUUUUAGAGUAGGUAAAGAAAAAGAGGAAUUCUCUAUCUCUAAGGCUGUAAAAUUACCAACUUUUGAUGAAUCAUGUCUUUUUGUUGAUGUUAUUGAGAAACCUUUAGAAGAAUAA